AUGGUGGCUGUGUCCUGUAUGGUGGCCUUCUACUAUACUGUUAUCAUUGGGUGGGCUUUUUUGUAUAUGUUCAAAUCUUUCACAACUGAGCUGCCUUGGGAGAGAUGCAACCCGGAGUGGGCCACUGCCACUUGCUACUCCCACAUUGAUGCCUUGGAGUGUACUUCCAUCAAUGGCUCUGUAUAUCACAACCGCAGGUGCUACAAUGAGACUGAGUUUGAACUCGUCAACAACACAGAAUUUGCUGCUAACAAGUCACACAAGGCACCACCCGCUCAAGAUUAUUUUGAACGUAAUAUACUGGGGAUGUCUGACAGUAUAGAAGAGUUGGGCACCAUCAGAUGGCAGAUUGCCUUGUGCUUGCUUCUCACUUGGACUCUCACAUUUCUGGCCCUCAGCAGAGGAGUCAAGAGUGUGGGCAAAGUUGUUUAUUUCACUGCACUGUUUCCCUAUUUUGUUCUAACCAUCCUGUUUUUUCGAGGCAUCACGUUGGAUGGCUCCGUAGAUGGAAUCAUAUAUUAUCUAACUCCAAAAUUUGAUAAACUUAUUGAAGCGCAGACAUGGGUAUCUGCAGCGGUGCAGAUCUUCUUUGCCCUGAGUCCAGCUUGGGGAGGCCUUAUAACAUUAUCCAGUUAUAACAAGUUCAACAAUGACUGCUUCAAAGACUCAUUAAUUGUUGGCGUUGGCAACAUCUGUACCAGCAUUUUUGCAGGGUUGGUCAUAUUCAGCAUUGUGGGAUACCUGGCCAAGGAAUUAGAAACACCUGUUGAUGCUGUUGUGGAUCAGGGUCCUGGCUUGGCUUUCAUCGUGUUCCCUGAUGUUGUAACCAGGCUACCCAUCCCGCCAUUAUGGUCCGUUUUGUUCUUCUUCAUGUUGAUCACUCUGGGAAUGGGCAGUGAGUUUGCCCUGCUGGAGACAGUGAUGACUGCCAUCCAGGAUACUUAUCCCCCACUGAGGCAGAAGAAAGUGUAUGUGGUGCUCACCGUCUCUGUGUUGGGAUAUCUGGGAGGUCUGGUUGUCUGUACGGAGGGAGGCAUGUAUAUUCUUCAACUACUGGACACCUAUGCUGCCAGUUGGGCUGUGUUUGUCAUGGCUAUAUUAGAAUGCAUUAUAAUUGCCUGGCUCUAUGGUGCAGACGCUUUCAUGAGGGACAUUGAAAUGAUGAUUGGUCAGAAGAGUAGAGCAUGGCACAUGUUUUUCACCUUCUUUUGGAAGUUUAUGACACCUGCCACGCUUCUGUUCCUGCUGUUUUUCAAUUGGAUUGACUACAAACGAAUGUCUUAUAAAGGCAAGGUGUACCCUGUUGUGGCUGAGCUGUGUGGCUGGUUUAUGGCUUUUAUCCCAAUAUUGAUCAUCGUAGCACUAGGAGCCUGGAGCUUCUACCAGUCACCAAAGGAAAAGACAUUCAGAGAGAAAAUCAGACGCAUGUGUAAUCCAACUCCAAAGUGGGGCCCAGCUCACAAAGUUCCACAGUUUGAUUCUGCAGACAUUGCCAGUGGAAAGGCAAGAAUA